UGGACUUCAGGAUAGGUUAAUAUGAUCUGCUCAAUCUCUUGGUCAGACAAACUACCAGAGGCUGUGUAGCCUCCAGGUCCAUUUGAGGAAAUUGGGGCUCAAGACUCACAUCUGUAGCAAUCUGUUUCAGCUCUCCUGAUAAAGGAGUAUGAAUGACUACUUAUUCCCACUCCUCCAACUGCGGGUUUGGGGCAUUUCUGUGCCCUGUUUGUGCCAGGGUUUCCACUGCAGCUAUUGAAGCCUGGGAAACUAUUGCUUAAUUCCUCAAGAGGCUCCCACCCAUCAGACAAAAAGUCUGGGGUUUCAUCAGGAUCUGAGCCUGUUAACCAGGCAAUUUGGUAAGAUUGCUGCCUUAUUUGUCUGCGCAGCUCCCCAACCUUACUACAGUACAUUCUCUACAAGCUGGGUGCUUAUUCCUUGGCGAGGUCUGCACAAGGUCCUUUAAAGCUUCCAUUUUUAAUUCUUGCACAGCAUCGUUUUAUUACUCUUUGCUUUGCCUCUUCCCUUGCUAAGCUAUUCGUCAGUUGAGCCAAAGUCUCUUCGUUCUACCAGUUGGCUCUUUUGCGGCUGGUAAUCAGUCUGCAAAACGUGGUGGUUACAUCUGAGUCGUCGCAGCUCCAGGUCUGCUUUCGAAGAGGAGCUCUCCGAUCGGAUCGGCCGGAGGAGGAGAAGUCCCAUUCGGGUCAGCCCUGCCCCCUAUAUUAGGGCCACCACUCCAAGUUCAUCUUUCUGUUUCUUGGCUCCUCUUUUCUACCUUGGCAUCUCUCCCUGGAUGCACGGACUCCUGAUUCAGGUGACGCUUCUCUUACUUGACGACUUGGUUGUAGGACAGCUCCAACACCAGGUGGGUUUCUGGGCGGGCUCUGGUGUUUGUAAACAGGCUCAAAUAUUCUCGUCCCUGCCAAACAUCCUUUUCUUUUGGCCUCCGGCAGCUGAAAUGUUCCAACGAUAGUUUCCCUGUGGUUGCUGAUUAUUUUGGCCGAGGUGUUUUCAACAAACUGAUCCUCCUCGUAGACCUUCCUCCGAGCAAGUCGGCCGCAGCGCUGGAUGCCAGCUUGCAGCGGGACCUGGCUUGUCAGGAGGAACAGGAGCACGUGGACGUCCUUCCCUCCAGAUGGGUUUAUUUUGGGGAACUGGGAAGCGGCAGAGACGGACUCAGGCGGGAACGGGGAGGAACACGACUCAGGGACAGGAAGCCCGCUGGCCGGCCUCGGCUUUCCCUCCAGGACCCCAGGAUGGGCGCCAGGCAGGGCCGGGGCGGUGCAACUUUCUCUGGCGGAAACAGCCCGACUGGGGCUUUGUUUCCGGGUCUGUAUGGCCGCUGGCUCUCAAGCAGGCCAGAGCAGAAGCUCCGGCCAGGCCUGCCAGGGCCACAGUGGCAGCUGCAACUGCCGCCUCGGAGGGGGGGGGGGAAGGCAGCCCUUCCUCCUCGAGGGCUUCUGCUGGUGCGGCUGCCCGGCUGCCUCAAGGGCGCCGCUUCCACCGGCCUUCUUUCGCGCGGGCGGGCCGGCCCGGGCGAGGGUACCGGGGCUGGAGGUUCGCUGACUACGGGGCUGCUAGGGCGAGGCGCCCACCUGCCGGGAAAGGUCGCCAACGCGAAGGCGCCCUCCAGGGGACCGGAACGGAUGGCUCGGAAAGCCCCGGAAGUGACGUCACACGGGAGGCUCGACGCGCUCGUCCGGCGAGGUGACCCGGUCGCGGUUGUCGUUCCGCCGGCCCCGCCGCCCUUUCGUCGGCAUGAGCGGCCCGCCGCCGUCCUCGUCGCCGUCUCUGGCCCCGAAUAAAAACUCCUCGGAGAACCGGACCAUCCGCGUUGGCACCCGGAAAAGCCAACUGGCUCGUAUUCAGACUGACAGUGUGGUGGAGAUGCUCCAGGUGCACCACCCGCAUCUCUGCUUCAAGAUAGUUGCCAUGUCAACCACUGGAGAUAGGAUUCUAGACACAGCCUUAUCCAAGAUUGGAGAGAAAAGCCUUUUUACCAAGGAGCUGGAAAAUGCGCUGGAAAGGGAUGAAGUGGACUUGGUGGUUCACUCCCUGAAAGAUCUGCCCACCUCCCUGCCACCAGGCUUCACAAUUGGUGCCAUCUGCAAGAGAGAAGACCCACACGAUGCUGUCGUCUUUCACCCCAAACAUGCUGGCAAAACCCUCAGCAGCCUCCCUGAGAAGAGUGUAAUUGGGACCAGUUCACUUCGCCGUGCAGCUCAGUUGAAAAGAAAAUUCCCUUGGCUGCAGUUCAAGGAUAUUAGGGGCAACCUGAACACCCGCCUGAAGAAGCUUGAUGACAAGGAGGACUUCAGUGCCCUGGUUCUGGCAGCUGCUGGCCUUAGGCGCAUGGGCUGGGGGGACCGCAUUGGCCAGAUUCUGAGCCCCGUGGACUGCUUGUAUGCGGUUGGGCAGGGUGCCUUGGCCGUUGAGGUGCGGGCCAAAGACCAGGAGAUCAUAGAAAUGAUCUCAGUUUUGCACAACGAGGAGACUGUGCUGCGCUGCAUCACUGAGCGAGCCUUCAUGAAGCACUUGGAAGGAGGCUGCAGCGUGCCGGUGGCUGUGAGCACCCAGCUGAAGGACGGCCAGCUGUACUUGACUGGAGCAGUCUACAGCCUUGAUGGUUCCGACAGCUUGCAAGAGACCAUGCAAAGAAAUGUGAAUUUUUCCCUGGAGGCUGCCCUUCCUUUUCAGAAUGAAGGUGGUCCCGAUGACAAUCUCCAACAUGCUGGCAUCACAGCAUGGAAUGUACCUCGUCUUGCUCAGGAGGCAGCAGAGAGGCUGGGCCAGGAGGUGGCUGAUCUGCUGCUGAGCAAAGGGGCCAAACAAAUCCUCAGCGUGGCAAGGCAACUCAACAGUGCAUGAUGGGCACCACCUCCUUGGAGAGCUAUGAUGCUGGCCAGUUAUUUAUCCCUCCUGGAGGAGAGGGGAGCAAGAGAUGAUCUGCCACUAGCACUGCCGGGGGAGCAGCUGAACAUUUGGUGUGAAGAGGCAGGUUUGGGGCAAGAAUUGCAAAUCUGCAUAUCCACCAAGAAAUCACUGGUUGGUCCAGCAGAGGUGUAAAGUUGAACUCUGCUCAGGACUUGGGAACAAUUACUGCUAAAACCUAUUAAAGAUCGUGCACAGAG